AUGCCUCUGGGUGUUUCAAUGGUCCUCCGGUGUGAUGCCUGGGCUACUCUUGCCCUUCUCUUAUUACUCUGUGGUCUUUCCGCUCUCUUCUGUCGGUUUAUCAGGCAGGCAUCGUUUCCUGAUGGAGCACCACGGCUGCUUAGAGAGGGCUAUCCCACGCUCGGUGCACUACGGUUCUUUUCAGAUCGAUACAACUUGUACUUCGAUGGCAUUUCUUCGUCUCGAACGGGCAGCUUUAGCUUUUAUUUCGGCAAACAUCAGAUUGUUGGAAUUUCGGGUCUCGAAGGCCGCAAGGUUUUCUUCCAGAGCAAAGAAAUGGACUUGAGCCAAGGUUACACACUUCUCCUAGCUACAACUCCGUCCUUCAAAGCCUCACCACGUCCUCCUGAUGAAGCACUUCAUUCAUCCAAAUGGUUUCGGCAUACUCUUGCCGGCAUGGUGUCAAAAGACAACCUUGUCGCAAAUCUUCUGUCUAUGAUUAAAGACACCAACACUGCAUUCAAGAAUGCGACGGACCCCAUUACUAAAACUGGUCUUGUCGACAUAUUCGACGAGACCAGCUACAUUUUAUACCAGUCAACGAUGCGAGUCAUUGGUUUCCACAAAAUAGCCGACUCAGAGGAGCUCUGUAGCACGACCCUCAAGUUAUUCGAAUGUAUCGAAAAUGGGACUUCUCCAUCGCGCAUCAUUUUCCCAUGGCUACCUACCCCGGCGUUUCUUCGACGACUCACUGCAGGCAUAAAACUGUAUCAAACUUUUAAACGACUCAUUCAAGCUGAGGAAGAUAUGGGUCAAAGGAUUGAUGAUGGUUCUCAAUCACUAGCGAAAAGCAGACGCCCCAUUGAAGAUAUUAUUGGGUUUGUACUUGGUACCCUAUUUGCAAGUCAAGUCAAUACUCCUAUUUGUGCUGCCUGGCUGCUGGUUUAUCUAGCCACAAAUUUACACUGGCUCAAUCUAGUGCGUACCGAGAUCGACUCUGUACUAAAAAGACACGGAGAUCCAGGCGAGACACCUAAUGAAACCUUUGGCCGCCUAAGUAUUGACGUAUGGGAGUCUGAGUUUCCUCUAAUCGAGCUAUGCUUGCGUGAGUGUAUCAGGCUUCAUCUUGCUGGAUCAGCAUUCCGCAGAAAUAUCAGUGGCCAAAGUGUGCCGAUUGGCAGUACUGGAGAGGUCAUACCGAAAGAUGCCUAUCUUUUCUAUCUCGUUGAUGAAGUUCAUUUCAACCCAGAUAUCUACCCUAAUCCAAACCUAUGGGACCCGGGGAGAUAUCUCCCAGGUGGCCCUAGAAGCAACAAUAUUCCACUCAGUUAUCUUGGUUGGGGAGCCGGCCGGCAUCCAUGCGGCAUGAGACUUGCCAAGCUCAAUGUGACGGUAAUCAUAAGCAGUUUUGUGUCCAUGUUCAAGUUUACCCUGUGCAACGACCAAGGAGAACCUGUUGCUGAGCCCCCGAUCCCAGACCGCAAUUUGCAUAGUCCGCGUAAACCAUCUGCGUCUCUCAGGUUGAAAGUCAAACGCCUGUAA